CAAGUCAACGAGAAGGAGGUCCAGGAGAUUGAAACCGUAUUCGAGGCGAAGUACAAAGGUUUUUUAGCCACCGAACAGUCCAUAGUGGAUGCUGCCACCAACUUGCGGGUCUUUGGCUCGUGCUACCUCAGUCACAACAGAUUCGACGCCAAUAAAGAUGCGGUCACAGCUCUCAAAAACAACGCCAAGGGCAAAGUCCAUGUUGGAGCCAAUAACACAUGUGCAGCCUUGCAAGAGCGGCUCUUCCCGUGGAUGUUGCAGACAUAUCCGGUGUUUACUCGGUGGAGCGGGGAAACAACAAGUGAGAAGGCAAACCGCAACCCCGCUGAUUGCUACAUUCUCGAUCUCCUCCAGGGAUUCAACGGUAAGGGAAUUGUGAUUACCGCGGGCGAUGCUCAUAAAGAAGACGUAGUGAACCUCAUCCGCGUGUUGCGUGGCCUCGACAACAAGUUGCCGAUUCAAAUCUUUCACCGCAAAGACUUGAGCCAGAAAUCACAACAGGAGUUGAAAGCAGGUGUGGGCCGAUCCGUGUACGACUUCGCUUUUCCCCUGCAGGAGCUCUGGUUUGCGGAUGUGAGUGCGGUUGUGAAGCCGGAAUAUGAAAAAUUCUUUAGUCGAUUUGCAAACAAGUUCUUUUCGUACUUGUUUGGUUCUUUCGACGAGACACUCUUGAUGGAUACAGACGCCGUUCCGUUGAUCAAACCCGCGGACUUCUUCAAAACCUCGGGGUAUGUGGCGUCAGAGACGUUGUUUUUCAAGGACAGAGAGGUACGCCAGUCCAGCGCGCGUGACGGGCGCGUCUUGUUCCGUAAGAUGAUGCCGCGUGUGUUCGACAACUUGCUCUUUGGCAUCCCUGUAACCACCAACUUCACACUCCAUAACGAAUACAUAAGUGAGGAGGCUCAUAAGAUGCACUUGAUGGAGUCGGGUAUCGUGGCAUACCGCAAAACAGCGCAUUUUACAGGUGUUCUCAUGGCCGCAAACCUCAAUUUCUGGUGGCAGGUCAAGGCGCGUGUGUGGGGAGACAAAGAAAUGUUCUGGCUUGGGAUGUCAAUCGCUGGGGACGAGAAUUAUCGGUUCAAUGACAACUACGCCGGGGCAGUGGGGAUACUCACACCAGAGGCGUUCCAUCCCGCGGUGGCUCACGAGAUCUGCUCGAUCCAGCCGGGUCAUAUUUCCUCCGAUGACGAUCAGACCUUGAUGUGGAUUAACUCGGGGUUCAAAUUUUGCAAAAAGCCGGGCUCCUUUGAGCGGUCAAAGGGAUCGGAGAAGUUGCUUAUGUAUUCCGGCGCCCGUAGCUAUGACGACCGCACAGGCUUCAACGAUCACAGCAUUAAGGCAAUGUACUACGACUCUAUAAGCAUCCAGGCCGCCAUCAUUCCUCCGGCUAGCCAGCUCCUUCGGCACAAAACUAACCGCAGAGAACCGCCGCUUGGUUGGUUCAUGGAUAAGUCAUGCUCGGGGUACUUGUGGUGUGCGUACGACAGUAUCGGGGCGAGUACGUUGCCGGAGCACCAGGGGAAGCUUAUUGAGUUUUCUGUAGUGGAUGAAAUCCGUUUCAAGUUCUUGGGAGACCUCUGG